GAUCUUUUUGGGCUUCUCCUUGCCAACGUAUUUCUCUUUCACAUUCUCCUUACACCCCUAGUCGACUGCUCCGAUGUCAAAUCUACCUCACAAAUCGAACUGGAUCGAUGGCUCUCACCAGCAGCCUACACACCAGCAAAUUCACAUUAUCAAUCCCGCGACGGAAGAAAAAAUUGCAACGAUAGAUUCUACGCCAUUGGAAGCAGUCAACUCCAUCAUUGCCUCCUCAUUACAGAAUUUCUCGAGCGGCGUCUGGAGCAAAGCCAAUGCAUCGACACGCUUCGGAGUCCUUUCCAAGGCUGCAAGCUUGCUGCGCUCCCGCUUACCCGAAUUCAUCGAUCUUGAGACGCAACAAACAGGUCGACCAAUUCGGGAAAUGCGAGCACAACUUGCCCGUAUCCCUGAAUGGCUUGAGUACUUUGCCUCUCUGGCACGCACCCACGAAGGUCGUGUGACACCUUUUAAGGGCCCUGUUGUCAACACUCUCACACGUUUAGCUCUUGGUGUUGUCGUGCAGAUCACGCCUUGGAACCACCCACUUUUAAUAGCAACCAAGAAAAUCGCUGCCGCACUAGCGGCAGGAAACUCAGUCAUCGUCAAGCCAUCCGAAUCUGCGCCGUUAUCUGUAUUGGAGAUGGGUAAACUUUUCAAGGAAGCUGGACUACCUGAUGGAACUCUGCAGAUUGUUUCUGGGUACGGACGAGAAACGGGAAAGUUUCUCUGCGAAUCUCCAUUUGUUUCGAAGAUUGAUUUGACUGGCGGUCUUGCUACGUAUGAAGCAAUUGCUCCAACAGCGAGCAAGAACAUGGUUCCCAUCACCGCUGAACUAGGUGGCAAAGCGCCAGUGUGCUUCUUCCCAAGCAUGCCAAUCGAGAAAGGCGUCAAGGCCGCUCUCUUCGCAAGUUUCAUUGCAAGUGGCCAAACAUGCGUUACAGGAAGUCGUUUAUUGAUACACUCUGACAUUUAUGACGAGUUUGUCAAGUUAUUGGUAGAAAGGACAAAAGCUCUAAGGAUAGGGAACCCCGUAGAUGACAAAACCCAAAUUGGAGCUGUGAUCUCACGCACGAGUGUGGAAAGAUGUUCAGCAUUUGUUUCACGUGCCAUCUCAGAGGGAGGAAACGUACUUUGUGGUGGAGAACCAACUAGUGUAAAUGGAAAAGGGUUCUUCUUUGCGCCAACCUUGAUUGAGACGAAAUGUGGAAGCGACUUGGCAUGCAAUGAGGUCUUUGGCCCCGUCAUUGCUCUCAUCAAGUGCCAGUCUGAGGAAGAGAUCAUUAAAGUUGCGAAUGCUACCUCGUUUGCUUUGGGCGUAUCAGUAUGGACAAAUGAUUUCAGCCAGGCCCAUCGAGUUGCGGAACGGAUAGAUGCGGGGAUUGUUUGGAUCAAUGGCCAUCAUCUGAAUGACCCAUCAUCUCCUUGGGGAGGAUUCAAGGAAAGUGGGCUUGGGAAGGAGAAUGGCAUUGAAGCCUUUGAAAGUUACACAAAGGUCAAAAGCACUGUGAUUAACUAUGGCCAGGAGCCCACGUGGUUCGACGAUGAGGUAGAGAAUGCGCGUUAUGGAUAGUAUUGUUAUCCGAAGCAAUCAAUUUUCAUGCUCAGAUCCGUUCAUUGCAAGAG